AUGGCUGUAAAGGCCGAGGAGGAUCUUUUAGCGGUGCCUUCACUGGAGGAGGACGACUUAGAUCAGCUGGAGGAAGGAGACACGCUUGAACCCGAGUGGGAGCUGCCACCGAGUAAGAUGGUGCAAAUCAGUGUGGCAGAUCUAUUCGCUGGGGUACAAACUGGAGAGAUAAACACGUCACCAGACUAUCAACGAGAGGCCGUUUGGAACCCCACCAAUCAACAAAACAUAAUUGAUUCAAUUAUCAACGAUUUCUAUGUGCCUCCACUUCUGUUCGCCGCACGCGUAGAGGUCGAUCCCGAGGAGCCGGAUGUGGAAUACGCUGUGAUGAAUGUUGUGGAUGGCAAGCAGAGAUUGACCAGUAUCGUCCGGUUUAUGUCCGGUGCUAUCCCUUAUAUCCAUCGAAGUACAAAACGGAGAUACUACUGGACUGCUCCAGAGGGAAGAAAGGGUGCCCUACUUCCCGAGAGCUGGAAGAGGCUGUUCAAGAGCAAAACGCUCUACUGUGUUCAGUGGGAUCAUUUGAGCGAUGAGUUAGAGAGGGAAAUAUUCAAGCGUGUGCAGUAUGGAAUGCAGCUCAGUCCAGCGGAGAAAAUGCACGCUAUCUCAUCCCCAUGGGCGGAUAUGGUUCGGAUGCUAAGCAAGCAAUAUAUCGCGGACGGACUGAGUAAUGCCAUCAAGUGGACGCGAAACCGUGGACAAGACUUUCAAUUUGCGGCACAAAUAUUGUACCUCAUCUGGCGGCCUGAACGUUUCCAAUUUCCUACCGCUGCGCUGCUGGACAAGUGGUUGCGGAACGAGGAUCCGCCGUCGGAUGACUUCAAGCGUGAGGCGGAUGCUGUGUUCCGAGACUACCUGGGUCUCGCACUGAAGCCAGAGACGUCAUAUGCCUUCGUAGGCAUUGCUGACCGACUUGCGCCUGUGGAAGUAGUGAUGAUUGGAUUCCUCUUACACACGAUCCGGAACGCGUCACAAAUGGACAAGGCACGAGAAGUCGACGGUCUCCGACGAGCGACGCGCGAAAAGUUCAUCGACAUCCGGAGUAACAACCGGGUGACCACCUUCAUGUUCGAGUAUAUUGCAGAUGCGAUGGGGCGGGCGUAUGCUACGAUCGGGAUGAAGACGAAUGGUGCGGGGAAGAGUCCAAGCAAGAAGAGGAAAAGGGACCAGAAUGACCGGGAAUGGAGGCCCGGCGCCAGGAUCGGUCUUGGGCCUGGUCACUAA